GGGGGGAGUCGAAGUUACAGACAACAAAUACUUGGCAGUGCUAAAGGUAAGACUAGAUUAUCUUAUGUGUUGGUUGUUUACACCACAGAUUUUUACAUUAAUAUAUUUUGAACUGAAUUGAGGCUCAAAGCUAGAAGUUAGUGCAGUCACCAUCAAAUUAUGAUAAAUGUACAGAUUUUCAACAUGUAGUAACCUUGUAAUGUCUUUUGGCAUUAUUUGUUGUGUGUACUUUUUAAUACCUAUUUAGAAAUGUUACUGAAUUAACUCAAAUGACAGACAGUUAAUGAUUUAUCAUUGUUUAUAGAAUGGCAGUGGAACAGUUCUUUGUGGCUGCGCUGAUGUUGUCUGCACACCUAGCAUUCUCAUAUCCUCUGGUAACCAUUUUGUCCCUUUUAUGUCCGUUCUUGUUAUUUGUUAUGACUGCUUAUGAAGUCUGUUAUAACCGUUUGACAGUAUCAUAGAUCUCAUGAGACUGUGUGUUUGUGUUGUGUGUUGUCAGACUACAGAGACAUAUUACAUGGAUGCAGGGAGACAGUGCAGACUGUGUCCGCCAGGUGAGAAAGAAAUGCCCUUCAUGAUAGCCCCUUACUUUUUAUUUGAUUUAUAUUUCCCUUAUUCUUCUGCCCUCAUCUCCACAUUUUAUCACUUCGUCCUACAAUCACAACAUAUUACCAUUUUCUACAUUAAUAGUUUGUUUCAGAAUGUGUGUGAGUGUGCGCAUGUGAGUCUCUGAAUGUGCAUAGGUUCUUAGGAAUCAUGAGGAAACUAUGAGAUGGUUUCUCUCUCUCUCAUGAUGAGAACUGGAGCGCUGUGCUAUGACCACAUCCUUCAUUAGUAUGCAGACUAGGCCAAAAGGCUCUCGCUCUGUGCUCUCCAUCUCUUCCUGUUAUUCUCUGCUCUCUGUCACUAUACUCCCUCUCUUCUCAGUCAGCAACAGACUGUGUACUAAAACGGUACCUGAAUGUGUGUGUGCCUAUGUGUCAAAAAGAGUUAGCAUUAUGUUCUGACAUCCAAUACUCAUGUAGUCUAUUACAGGACAUUUAUAAAACUGCAGCGUCUAUCAUUUCGUAUUGUUAUUGUAGUGCUUACUUAUGCCUUGACUUCCCUUGUCUCUUCACUCUCUCCUUGCUCCUCUCUUUCUAGCUUGUUCUCUCUAUCGCUCUAUUUCCCUAUAUUUUUCCCAAACUUCAUUUCCUUUACUCCAUAUCUGCUGUCCCAUGUCUUAGAGACAUUGAACCACUGGACACUUCCCAUUUCACACUGAGCAUUUAAAUACUGUAUUCCCAACAUAGCACAUUCUAAUAUACAGUUGAAGACGGAAGUUUACAUACACCUUAGCCAAAUACAUUUAAACUCAGUUUUUCACAAUUCCUGACAUUUAAUCCUAGUAAAAAUUCCCUGUCUUAGGUCAGUUAGAAUCACCACUUUAUUUUAAGAAUGUGAAAUGUCAGAAUAAUAGUAGAGAGAAUGAUUUAUUUAAGCUUUUAUUUAUUUCAUCACAUUCCCAGUGGGUCAGACGUUUACAUACACUCAAUUAGUAUUUGGUAGCGUUGCCUUUAAAUUGUUUAACUUGGAUCAAAUGUUUCGGGUAGCCUUCCACAAGCUUCCCACAAUAAGUUGGGUGAAUUUUGGCCCAUUUCUCCUGACAGAGCUGGUGUAACUGAGUCAGGUUUGUAGGCCUCCUUGCUCGCACACGCUUUUUCAGUUCUGCCCACACAUUUUCUAUUGGAUUGAGGUCAGGGCUUUGUGAUGGCCACUCCAAUACCUUGACUUUGUUGUCCUUAAGCCAUUUUGCCACAACUUUGGAAGUAUGCUUGGGGUCAUUGUCCAUUGGAAGACCCAUUUGUGACCAAGCUUUAACUUCCUGACUGAUUUCUUGAGAUGUUGCUUCAAUAUAUCCACAUAAUUUUCCUUCCUCAUGAUGCCAUCUAUUUCGUGAAGUGCAUCAGUCCCUCCUGCAGUAAAGCACCCCCACAGCAUGAUGCUGCCACCCACGUGCUUCACGGUUGGGAUGGUGUUCUUCGGCUUGCAAGUUCCCCCUUUUUCCUCCAAACAUAACGAUGGUCAUUAUGGCCAAACUGUUCUAGUUUUGUUUCAUCAGACCAGAGGACAUUUCUCCAAAAAGUGCGAUCUUUGUCCCCAUGUGCAAUUGCAAACCGUAGUCAGGCUUUUUUAUGGCGGUUUUGGAGCAGUGGCUUCUUCCUUGCUGAGCGACCUUUCAGGUUAUGUCGAUAUAGGACUAGUUUUACUGUGGAUAUAGAUACUUUUGUACCUGUUUCCUCCAGCAUUUUCACAAGGUCCUUUGCUGUUGUUCUGGGAUUGAUAAAGCACUUUUCACACCAAAGUACGUUCAUCUCUAGGAGACAGAACGCGUCUCCUUCCUGAGCGGUAUGAAGGCUGCGUGGUCCCAUGGUGUUUAUACUUGCGUACUAUUGUUUGUACAGAUGAACGUGGUAUCUUCAGGUGUUUGGAAAUUGCUCCCAAGGAUGAACAAGACUUGUGCAGGUCUACAAUAUUUUUUCUGAGGUCUUGGCUGAUUUCUUUUGAUUUUCCCAUGAUGUCAAGCAAAGAGGCACUGAGUUUGAAGGUAGGCCUUGAAAUCCACCACAGGUACACCUCCAGUUGACUCAAAUUAUGUCAAUUAUCCUAUCAGAAGCUUCUAAAGCCAUGACAUCAUUUUCUGGAAUUUUCCAAGCUGUUUAAAUGCACAGUCAACUUAGUGUAUGUAAACUUCUGACCCACUGGAAUUGUGAUACAGUGAAUUAUAAGUGAAAUAAUCUGUCUGUAAACAAUUGUUGGAAAAAUUACUUGUGUCAUGCACAAAGUAGAUGUCCUAACCGACUUGCCAAAACUAUAGUUUGUUAACAAGAAAGUGGUGGAGUGGUUGAAAAACGAGUUUUAAUGACUCCAACCUAAGUGUAUGAAAACUUCCGACUUCAACUGUAUCUACUGCUGUACAUAUAAUUCUUAGUAAAUCUUCCAGUGUACAUACGCAUAGAUUGCAUUUGGGUUGUUAAUUGGAUUCAACCCGACGUUCUUGAUUUCUUAUUAAAAAAUCACACUUAAAUUAUUUGUGUACUUAUUUGUGACAUUUUACUGCACUGUUAGGAGCUAGUAACAUACGCAUUUCGCUGCACCCGCUAUAACAUCUGCUAAACUGUGUAUGUGACCAAUAAACUUGAUUUGAUAUCUUUCCAUAUCUUUCACCUCCCCUCUCUCUCUAUCUCAGGUCAUUAUCAGAGGUCCUGUUCAGAGUGCUCUCCCUGUCGUGAUGGUUCCUACACAACACGAUUGAACGCUGAGUCCAGUUGUCAUUCCUGCUUCAAAGACUGCAAACGUGGUACAUAAACACAAACAACUCAUUCACAGAGCAAUGUAACAUCUGAGUAACACUUUAUUUAGUGAGAAACACUUCAACUAUAUAUUGUUUGUAAAUCAUUAUGUCAUUUAUUUGUUAACUUUUUAUCAUUCUUAUUUUAUUUAUUUUUUGGCCCGUCUUCGGAGGACGAAAAUACACUUUUUUUUAACAGGUCAUUUUUUAUUUCACCCCCUUUUUUGUCACCAAUUUCGAUCUUGUCUCAUCGCUGCAACUCCUCAACAGGCUCGGGAGGCGAAGGUCCAGUCAUGCGUCCUCCAAAACAUGACCCGCCCGCUUAACCCGGAAUCCAGCCGCACCAAUGUGUCGGAGGGAACACCGUUCAACUGACUACCAGAGUCAGCUUGCAGGCGCCCGGCCCGCCACAAGGAGUUGCUAGAGCGUGAUGAGCCAAGUAAACCCCCCCCCCCGCAAAGCCCUCCCCUAACCCGGACGAAGCUGGGUCAAUUGUGCGCUGCCCGAGCACACCGGUUGUGAUACAGCCCGGGAUCGAACCCGGGUCUGUAGUGAUGCCUUAGACCGCGAUGCAUUGCCUUAGACCACUGUGCCACUUGGGAGGUCCUACAGCUUUUUAUUUUGUUGUUACAUGUACAUUCUACACCCAUUUUACAUACGUGCCAUUUUUUUUUUACAGUAGUUACUUAGCAAGAAUAAAGUAAUUUGAUAUUUUGAUAUACAUUACAUCUAGAUAGAUAGUGCUUAUACAUUAUACAUCGUGUUUUCAGUCAUAACUAUUAUAGAACAUGAGCUUUUAAACCCACCCCUCAGCUACUCUCAGUCCGUCCCCCCUAUCUCCAUAAACCGCCCUCUUAUGAUUUCCAUAUGCCAUACAUGUCAUUUCUUACCAAAAGUCAUAGAAUGUAUGUCUACAGUAUGGACACUAUUUAUUACCAUGUAAUAGCUGUACUAAACCUUUUGUUUUGGCUGUGUUUGUUUGGGUCUGUGUGUCAGAUUUGCACCUGGUGGAGGUUGAGCCGUGCACUUCUGUAUCGAACGCUAGAUGUCGCUGUGAGGCUGGUUUUACCUGCACCGACCAAGACGGCCAGACAGGAAAUUGUAGAGACUGUGAGAUGAUCCCUCAGCUGCUGCCACCUAGCAAUGGUACUGUACUGUGUGUGUGUGUUGCCCAUUGGCCUUCUCUUAUGCCUGUCUUCCUUCACUGUGUUGUAUUUUUGCCAGGUUCUGGAUAUUGAAUCAGUGUGUUUGGUUGUGGAUAGAUGUUGAUGUUUUCCUGCCUGUGUGCACUUUGUCUGAUUACAGUAGUGGGCAUCAGAAACAACCAGACAGGAACUUCCUCUGAACACAGCAGGACUUCCUCUUCCGCUGGACGCUGUCAACCUCCCCAGUGAGCCUUUAUCCUUUUUUAUAUUCCCUACACAUACUGUCACAGACUGUCACAUACUGUAACCAGACAGAUAAAGAGGCUCUGGUUAAAGCCUUCUCCUGUCAGGAGGGCUAGUUCUGGCAAGGUUGUUAUUUUAUUGUAUAUAACCUUCAUACCAGAAGAUCCGGUAUCAAAUAAUUGUCAGAUAUCUAAGUGGUAAUGGAUUUUUAGGAUAUUAAAUACAUUUCUCAGCUCAGUGGCAUGGCCCCACUUCAGUGUUGACAGGCUGUGAAUGUGUAUGGAUGUGUUACAUGAUGAGUCCUUUACCUCUGUCUCACCCAGCUGUGACACUCCAGGAUCACCAGUCUCACAAGCAGGCAACGCCACACAUCACACAACAGGUGAGUGUGUGUGUGUCCAUCAGUUAUUUUCAUUACAGUCUGAAUAUAUUGAAACUGUGGUAAGGUACAGAUACAGUAGUUUCUCCAUCUCCUUUCCCCACCAGCUGACACCAGCAAACACCUGGCAGCCAUUUUGUGUCCUAUGGUGGUCAUUGGAAUCCUAGCCGUUAUCAUUCUGUUAUGUAUCCGUCGCCCAGGAGAUGAAGCCUGUUUCAAACAAGGUAAGGCAGUGUUCCUCUGUUCAGUCUCAACUGUAGUUAGAUCAUUGUGUUAGAGCAGACCAACUCUCUCUCUCUCUCUCUGUACACUAGAAUGAGACUAGAUAGAUAGACUGUAAGUCGCUUUGGAUAAAAGCGUCUGCUAAAUGGCAUUAAAAAAGAAAAAAAAAAAAAGAAGGAUUAGACAGUGAUGUCAGAUAUCAGGAUUUUUCAAGAAGUAGGUCUGCACUGGGAGCCAACUGUAGCUUCUUGUGUAUGUAAUUUAAUGAAAAGAUUGCAACACUCUCUCUGUGUAGACCUACUUACCUGUUUCUAGUGUCUACAUGUACCUAGAAAGCAUUAAAAUGUGGAGUUAGAUGAUAAAACAUUGCCCUUUCAAUCAUAGAUGAUUCAUCAAUGAAAUACCCAUGAAUGGCUCACCAUCAGUUUGCUGGGUUGACUAAUAGAUUUAUGUCUGUUUUUUCCAGCUCUCAAGUUCUGUAACAAGGUAUGUGUAAUACCUACGGUAACUAACUACAUUAUGUGUGUAAUGUUUACAUUGUCAUUUGUGUGUGCCUGACCUAAACCCUAUAUAGGCAUUGUUGACAAUUGUCUAUUCCAGUAACUAUGGAUUUCUGUGCUCUUAUGAAGGGAGUAAGAGAAGCGUCGCCUAACAAGACCAAAGAGCCAACUUAUCUACACCAUACUAGACAACCACAGCCCAGUGUUAAGCACCAGACAGUGGACCCACCACCCCUUACAGCAGCAAAUAUGGGUACUACGGAUACAUACAAAUCAUUAUUUUCACCCCAAGAUCGUGAAAAAUAAGGAAUCUAAAUAUGGUUGAGUUACUCUUGUGGUUUUGCUAUAGAUGCACGUCAGUCGUUUAACUUGGAGUUUUGCAAAGAUGAUGCUUUGAAGUCCAUGGGGGAUUAGCAUGGGAAGUUGAUUAGUUUCAAGAUCCAUAGUGAAUAAGGCUGAUGAUGAAUAUAGAAUCUAAUAUCACUUUCUCUUUGUCUGUGUCUCUCUCAGGCCCGGUCCAUGUCCACAAUGCUGGAACAGUCAUCUUCAGUUUACUCAACCAGUUCACUGGUAUGGGUGGAGGGACGGAAGAGAGAGGGCAGAAAGAGAGGGAUGAGGAAGGAGAAGGAUGUCCGGCCCACCCCACACCCUCCCCUAACAUCCAUCUAUCCCAGGAGGAGAGGAAUGGAGAGAUGGACUGUGUAUUCUUCCCUUCACAGGAACAAGGGAAGGACAGUCACAUUUCCAAAGAGGAGGUGCUA